AUGGCAUACAUAGAGACACCCCGCACCGACGCGGGCAAUGCAACAUACAUGACGAACGGCCAUGACUUCGAAAACUUUUCAGUCGAGAAUUCAAUGCUCUCGCCAAUCAAGAAGAGAGAAGAUAUCGUCGCGCUGAUGAGAAAUGAGCGCGGCGCAAGUCUCAAAACACCUCGAGCUCGCAUGCCACUCGCCGACCGCAGAAAUCUGCCCGCUGUCCCCAAACCCGCCGAGUUCACACCAUUACUGCAAAGUGUGACGAAACGGAACUUUGAGCGCAAUGGCAAGCGAAAGAGUGGGCCUGAGACACCAGCUUUUCUUAAGGCUGGCUACCAGAACAAAGGGAGCCCAGCGCUGCCUGGGGCUGAAGCUUCGGCCCUCUAUGGCAGUGAGCUGGGUAGCUCUGUGCUCGUCGACAAUGGAAGCACGCCAAUACCUCAGAUUACUUCUAGCAGUGCACAGUCAACGCCACUUGCAGCUCUACCGAAGCGCGAUGCCACAGGAGUACUCCCCGAUCAAGGAAACCUGAUGACAUUAAGGGAGCAAGAAACUAUCAUCGACAAGAUCGAGAAGGAAAACUUCGGUCUGAAGCUGAAAAUACAUUUUCUAGAAGAGGCGUUGCGAAAAGCCGGGCCUGGCUUCAAUGAAGCUGCUUUGAAAGAGAAUACAGAUCUCAAAGUCGAUCGUGUCACAUUGCAAAAAGAGCUCACUCGCUGCAGGAAAACACUCAAUCAAGCCGAGCGUGAUCUUGAAGCGUAUAAACGUCAUUUGGAAGAGGUACAAGCUAAGGCGAAACGACAGCAGGCGGACGAGAGCUUACAACAGGAGCUUGAAGAAUUAAGGACAUCUAUUCAAGAGCGACAAGAGGAAGUUGAAGAGCUUCGGGACCGGCUGAUCACCUCAGACCAAAAUGAUGAUCAGAUGCAAAAGCUCAAGGACGAAAUGGAGGACCUUGCGGCUGACCUGAGCGAACGAGAUCGGCAUAUUGAGGAACGUGACGACGAAAUUGAUAGAUUGAAAAGUCAAGCCAAAAAAGACUCGGAUGAGUUGGAUGAGGUCUAUGCUGAGCUCGAGUCGGAAAAGAAUCGAAUGCAAGAACUAGAGGCUGAAAGCGAGGCAAAGAAUGCCAAUGAAGCUGCUUUGAAUCAAGCCAAGGACGACCUGGAGGAUGCUCUUGCGGCGCAGAGGAAAGCUGAGAAUGAUUUGGAGGAACUUCAAGAUGAGAUGGCCAACAAAUCCUUCACAACCAAGGGUUUAAGUCGACAACUUGAGGAAAAGGCCAAUAAACUCCAAGAUGAUCUUGCCACUCUGCGGGAAGAGCACAUAGACCUUCAAUCCUUGUUCGACGACAAGUCCCGACAGGCUAAGAAGCUCGAGGAUCAACUCCAGAGUCAAGGUCAAGACGCUGAUGUACGAAACCAAAAAGUAUCAGACCAGCAUGAGCUUCUGCGACAUGAUCACGAAGCAACCCUACGGAAGUGCGAGUCUCUCAAUCAUGAUCUGAAGAAGACCAUUGAAGAGCUUCAGAACAAGUCUGAAGAGAAGGAUCUGCUACACUCUCGGCACGACGCACUGACCACUGAGUCUAACGCACUACAGAAAGACCUAGUCAAGACUCGAUCAAGCCUAGACGGUCUUGAAAAUGAUCUCCAAGAUGAGCGCCAGCACGCCGCAGACAAUGAUCGCCAGCUCAGAUCAGAAGCCAAAGAUGAGAUCGAUCGUUUGUCCGAAGAGAUCAAUAAGUUGCAGCGCCAACUUGCGGACAAGGAGACUUCCAAUGCAGGUGAGCGUGAUACGUGGGAGGGCCAGCUGCGGGGUCUUAAGUCGCAGAAAGAGAAGUCAGAAGAACAAGCUGCAGGUCUUCAGCGAACUAUUGACAAGCUUCAAGAAGUCGAGGGUACUCUGUCUAGUAAAGAAAUGAAACUUCAGGAGGCCUUAGAGAGCGAAAAGGAGCGUCAUCGAAGCGAAGAAGCCGUGCUUGAACGACAUAUACAGACUCUGAACAAGGAAGUGGAAGAUAAACGACAAGAACUCGAAGAGCUACGAACCGAUCUUUCUGAAGCUAAGGAGAACGUCCGACUCAGCGAACAGGAGCAAAACAUUCUCGAGGAAAAAGUACAGGCUCUCGAGGACGAAGUGGAGGUUCUGCAAGGUGACCUGGAGGAGGCAGAUACAGAGAAAGCUCGCUUGGCGCUCGAAGCUGUGGAAGAAGAGGCGGCAGAUCUCAGAGAACAGCUGAGUGAAGCCCAACAAAAUUAUAAUAGAUCGACUAUUUCACGACCUGAUCAGCAAGAAUUGCAGAGCAGACUCCAAGGAACCAUGGAGCAGCUGGAGGAAGCGCAGGUGGAGAGAGACGCUGCUAAAAGCCAGAUCGAAGAAAUGCGAGCUUUAGCAGAUGAUACCUUCAAGUUGGACCGGGAGAGAUCUGAUCUCAAAGAUUCUAAGCUAAGGCUAGAAAGUGAGGUUGGACGUCUUCGUGAUGAGCGGAGCAAUCUCGUCAAACAGCAUGCUGCUGCUAAGCGUGAGCUAGAAUCAAAGGUCGCGAGAGCUCUAUCUGAAGAGGCUCGUCUGGCUGAUAAGGUUACGAGUCUACAAGGAACGCUCGAGAAUGCUGCGGAAGAUAAGAAUCUGGAGCUAGUUCUUGCGAAUGAGAAAGUCCAGCGACUUGAGAGACGCAUUAACGACUUAGAGGAACUUCUCUCGUCGAGCGGUGAGCACGAUAGCGUUGAGCUCAGCAUACUUCAAAAAGAUCUUUUAGCUGCAAAGGAGAGAGAAACAGAACACCUCCGGCGAGAGAAAGCACAAAAAGACGUUCUUCGCGACCUCAAAUCUAAAGUCAGCCAACUCGAGCGCCAGGCUCACGAAGCAGAGCUCGCCCGACUCGCCAGCUCACCCAAAUCAUCCGCUUCAGGCUCCCCUCAUAAAACGGAGAUAGUCGAGCUCCAGCGCCGUCUUACUGACGCACAAAUCCAACUCCGCGAUUCCAAAACUUCAUCAAAGUCCGAGCUCAAAACCCUCCAAGCCCGUCUCGCAGAGUCAGAGCACAACGCCCAAAACGCCGCUGACGGUUUCGAUCAACAGCGCGAACAACUUGAAGCAGACAUCGCCACCUCCCGCCAAGAGCAAGAAUCUCUUACCUCCAAGAAUACUUCAGCAACUCAAACAAUCACCCGUCUCCGCACCCGCAUCUCCUCCCUCGAAAACGAACUCCAGUCCAACCGCCGCUCCACGACCGCGGACGACACCAUCGCCGAAGAGCGCGCUGAUCUCCAUCAGAUGCUCAAAGAUGCCAAAUUACAAGCCGAAGACCUGGAAGUCCAGCUCUCUAGCCGCGAGACUUCUCUUUCUUCAGCCCAAAUGAGGGAGAAGGAUUUGAGGGCGCAAUUGAAGCGGGUUCGGAGCGAGAGGACGCUGCAGAGCCAGAAAGCGGCGGCGCUGAUGCAGGAAUUGGAUGUUUUGCAGGGGAGGUAUGAGCGCGCCCUGGAUAAGUUGGCGAGUAAGCAGCGGGCGUGGGAGGAGGAGAGGAGGAGGGUGAGGUUUGCGGGCCAGAAUACAAGCAGCUUCCAAGAUGGUGGGGGUGAGGGUGGGAAUGGGGAAAGUAGGGUGGUGGAGGAGAGGCAUGGACUUGAGCUCAAGGGAUUGGUGAAGCAGAUCAUGUGGUUGAAAGCUAAAUUGGGACGGGUGGAGCGGUUCAGGGCUGAUUUGGUGCAUGAAAAGGGGUUUUUGGGUCUGCAGGUUAGGAUGUUUGAGGAUUGUAAUAAAGCACAACUAGACCUCCUAGCCGAAAUGGGCGUCUCCCCCGACCGCCAGACAUCAACCAGAUUACGACUAGGCGAUGCGUUGAGGAAGCAAGCUGGUGAUAACAUGCGAAAGCCGGCGAGCUUGAAGGUUGUGGCGAAGAUGGUGCUGGCGACGUGUAGGAUGAGGAGAUUGUCCGGGGAGUGGGCUGAGCAGAAGAAAGUGGGUAGGGCGUUGAGGAAUGCGCGAUUGGGGAAGGAGGGGAGGGAAGGGAGGGGUUUCUGA